AAAUUCGUAUUCAAAUAGCCCGACUUAAUUGGCGCAUGCGUGACUCUUCUCUAUUGACACGAGGAAGCCAAGCCAAAUUUCACUCAGUACUUUAGUGGCCGGUUCGAGAAGGACUGCCACAGGAGGAUACGCGAUUUUUCGGUCCUCUCUGUCUAGCGCCUACGUCCCCUUCACCUACAAACCCGUUUCACGAGUCGCGACGUCACCGGGAGGCUUUCUUCCACGACAAUGUCGUACUGCACCCGACUCCUUCGGGACCAGAAACUCGUUAUCUUUGCGGCAGAUAUCCAGCAAAGAUGCUUCAGCGCGAGUGCACUGAGUUUGGCCGCCAACAAGGUGGCGAUGUCCAAGUUCGACUCGAACAAUUACCUCCCAUACGAAAAGCUGGAGGAGAAGCUUAGAGUAGUGAAGAAGAGGCUGAACCGACCUUUGACAUUGUCCGAGAAAGUUUUGUACUCCCAUCUCGAUGAACCCGAUAAACAAGAAAUCGUCCGUGGGACCAGCUACCUCAGACUGCGACCAGAUCGCGUGGCCAUGCAGGAUGCAACCGCUCAGAUGGCCAUGUUGCAAUUUAUCAGUUCUGGACUGCCAAAAGUCGCCGUGCCUUCCACUAUUCACUGCGACCACUUGAUCGAAGCUCAAGUCGGUGGUGAAAAAGACUUGAAACGCGCCAAGGAUAUCAACAAGGAAGUGUACAACUUCCUGAAGACAGCUGGUGCCAAGUAUGGCGUCGGUUUCUGGAAUCCUGGUUCCGGUAUUAUCCAUCAAAUCAUCCUCGAGAACUACGCCUUCCCUGGUCUGCUAAUGAUCGGUACUGACUCGCAUACACCCAAUGGCGGUGGUCUGGGCUGUCUUUGCAUCGGUGUGGGUGGUGCCGACGCCGUAGACGUGAUGGCCAAGAUACCAUGGGAGUUGAAAUGUCCGAAAGUCAUCGGUGUGAAACUGACCGGCGCUUUGAAAGGUUGGACCAGCCCCAAGGACGUCAUCCUGAAGGUUGCUGGCAUCCUGACCGUGAAAGGAGGAACUGGAGCCAUCGUAGAGUACUUUGGCCCUGGCGUCGACAGCAUCAGCUGUACUGGAAUGGCCACUAUUUGCAACAUGGGUGCUGAAAUCGGUGCUACCACGUCUAUCUUCCCGUACAACUAUCGUAUGCAGGAUUACCUGAAAGCGACUGGCCGAUCCGAGAUCGCUGGAGCCGCUGAUCAGCACAAGGACACCCUUUUAACUGCCGAUGCUAACGCUAAAUACGAUCAGAUCAUCGAACUGGAUCUCUCUACCUUGGAACCUCACGUGAACGGACCGUUUACUCCUGACCUCGCUCAUCCUAUCUCUAAAUUGGGUGAUACUGCCAAGAAGAACGGUUGGCCUAACGAGAUCAAGGUCGGUCUGAUCGGUUCCUGCACAAAUAGCUCUUACGAAGACAUGGGUCGAUGUGCGAAUAUCGCUAAGCAAGCUCUGGAUCAUGGAUUGAAGGCGAAGUCCGCGUUCAAUGUCACGCCAGGAUCAGAACAGAUUCGCGCCACCAUCGAGCGUGAUGGAAUCGCGUCGAUUUUGAGAAAUUUCGGAGGUACCGUUUUGGCCAACGCCUGCGGUCCUUGCAUCGGCCAAUGGGACCGUAAAGACAUCAAGAAGGGAGACAAGAACACGAUCGUUACCUCGUACAACCGUAAUUUCACCGGAAGAAACGAUGCCAAUCCCGCGACACACGCUUUCGUCACCAGUCCUGAACUCGUCACUGCCCUUUCAAUCGCUGGUCGAUUAGACUUUAACCCGGUUACCGAUAAACUCAAGGGCAAGGACGGAAAGGAAUUCCUUCUGAAAGAUCCUUACGGCGAUGAGCUUCCAAAUCGUGGAUUCGACCCUGGCAUGGACACAUACGAUGCACCCCCAGCCGAUGGCAGCAAGGUGAAGGUCGACGUGAGUCCAUCGAGCGAAAGAUUGCAAUUACUAGAACCAUUCGACAAAUGGGACGGUAAAGAUCUCACGGACUUGACCGUCUUAAUCAAAGUCAAAGGAAAAUGUACCACAGAUCACAUCUCGGCUGCUGGUCCAUGGCUGAAAUAUCGUGGCCACUUGGACAACAUCUCGAACAACAUGUUCAUUGGAGCCGUGAAUUCCGAAAAUGGCGAGAUGAACAACGUGAAGAAUCAGCUCACAGGCGAAUGGGGUAAAGUGCCGGACGUUGCCAGACAUUACAAAAAGAACGGAGUUAAAUGGGUAGCCGUCGGUGACGAGAACUACGGUGAAGGUUCGUCUCGGGAACACGCAGCCCUGGAACCGAGACAUCUUGGUGGUCGUGCCAUUAUCGUGAAGAGCUUUGCCCGUAUCCACGAGACGAAUUUGAAGAAACAAGGACUGCUGCCUUUGACCUUUGCCAAUCCUGGCGAUUACGAUAAGAUUCAGCCUACUGAUAAGAUCAGCCUUCUGGGAUUGAAGGAUCUGUCGCCUGGAAAGCCCGUACAAGCACAGAUCAAGCACACAGAUGGCAAAGUGGACAACAUCUCCCUGAACCACACCAUGAACGAACAGCAAAUCUCGUGGUUCAAGGCUGGCUCUGCUCUGAACCGCAUGAAGGAGAUCUCCAGCGGCCAGUAAACUCGUUUGACCAUCGAGCAAACGCGCGAAACCGUAAUCGUUUUCACAGAACGUGCACGAUCUCGUAGUUAGUUGUGUGUGUAUCGAUAGCGAGACACGGACGAACAGCAGUUCGGUAUAACACACUAAUCUUCCAGAUAGAUUUGCGUAAUAUAAUCGCGACGGUCAGGGUGCCAUAAGUUACUUAAGCGGAAAGCGAGAUAGAAAAUUUCGGAGGAGAGACAGGGAAUGCGUACACCUGCACAUGUCCGUCGCGACAAUACCUCGAGAUCAUCUGUAUACAAAUCGUUGUUGACGGAAAUGUUUGUUACAAGCAGUGAUGGACUGAGACAGGGUGAAAGCCGAGAAAUACUCUAGCCAAGUUUCUAGUACGAAGUCUAGAAGAUUUUAAGUCUUAACUUUAGAAGAGGAUCGAAUCGUUCUCGUACAUUGUUCCACGCUCCGUAUCUCGACGGAAAUCACGCGUCGAGCCUUUGCCCCUGGUUUUCUCGUACAAAGUACGAGAGGAAAGUUCCAUGCGUCGAUGGGACGACGGUGCAACCCGCGCGUGCCAACGUGUUCAUUUUUAAAUCGUGUACAGCCCGACGACGGCACGUCGAGAUUGCAUGCUCCUGUCGACCCAGAGCUUCGAUCGUGCUCAAUGGAAUCUUCUGUACAUACUAUAUAUUAUUCGCAAUGUAGGACACACCGUGAUUAUACCGUUUUCUAGACGCGACUGAUUUGAUCAGAUGUAAGAUUCGCUGUUGAUUCACUUGCACGAGAAAGAAAUAAAUGACUGAACAGCGA